UAUGCGAUGGCAAACAAUUCACUUUCACUCACACGAUCGAACUGAAAUGCGAGUUUGCCUGUCCUGUCUCUAAAAAUGCCGCCGCCAGCUCUACGCAGAAUCCAACAUUUCUUCCAUCACGUUUCAUGUCAAUCACGGUGGCCGAGGAUGCCAUCCAAAUGUCAAAGCCGAAUCUUUUAUGUACGAUUGUUGUCUGAGAUCUUCCGAUUACACGUGGUGUGGGUACGACAAAGUGGUGGUGUCAUAGCUGACCGCUUGCCGCCGUGCAAGUACCUUAUUCGUCACUUCCUCCAGCACACUGGACUCUGCAGUCAGUAAACGCCCUGUCCACGCACUUCGGCCAGCGCAAGUAACGGAUCCUGAUGAUGAGCAGCGAAAAGAGCAUGUCAACAACAAUGAAACGCAGAAACGGACGGCUCAACCUCAAGGACGAAGAAGACAGACUCGAGGCUUCCAAUACAGCACUGCGAAAUCUGGAGUCUCGUCGGUCCGUCCCAGCCUCUGUCAUCUCGCCUUCCGUUAUCAACGUCGCAAGUGCUCAUCAGACAUCGCUUCCUAUCGGUCACCAGACCCAUCAUUCCUUUCGGUCGUUGGCCCAUUCAGAAUCAGACGAUGAGGAGUUUGGAGCGGAGAGGGCGUCUAUGUCGACUCCAUUGUCGGAGAAGGCCCGGCGAAGCAGUACAUUCGGGGCCACAAGCAGGAGCGCCCAGGAAGAGCGGUAUGACAGCAACUCCUCAUUUACAAGGGGUCAACCUUGCAUGGCCUCACCGGAGAUGGAAGACGUCGCGACCUCGAAUAUCAUACACACUCUCCCUAAUAAACUUCUAACACUCAUAUUUGAGGCGGGCUUGGUCCUCACAUACCCUUCGCUCGUCGAACCGAAGUCGCCUUUCGUGCCUAUCACAGUGAAGAAGGUCUCGUCCUUCAUGAAUAUGGUGAUGCAUGUCUGUCACCGGUGGCGGCAAGUAGCCAUUCACACGCCAGCACUAUGGACCACUUUGCACAUCUCCAGGUCUCGAAAGGCGCUGGAUAACCUCCCCAGCGUGAAAGACUUUCGCAACCCCAUGCCUUGGGUUACCGAGCACCUCAUGCGGUCGCAGUGCCUUCCUCUAGACAUCAGCCUCGACUGUCGGCACAUCUCGAUAAAAUCCGUAUUUAACCAGCUCAUACCGGAGAGUCAUCGCUGGCGCAGUCUCGUGAUCACUAUACCCUCUGUGCAAGACCUUCCGAAUGCCCUAUCCAGUCUCAAAAAAAUCCCUGCACCUGCCCUUGAAACGCUGGAAAUUACAUCUCUCAAGUACCAUGACUCUAUUGCGCCGAAUCUCACCUCCUUCUUCCGGGGCGGACUCUCACCCAACCUGUCCCACGUACGCCUGAACCGCGUCUCGCUGUCCUGGCUCGCAUUCCCGCUUAAAGGCCUCACGACCCUCGACCUUCGCUUCAUCAUCUGGCCGACCUUCCCUCACCUAGCGGAAAUGCUCUCCGGUUCGCCGAACCUCCAGAAUCUCGUUCUCCACAUCGACAACACUGCCGCUAAGCUUCUUAACAGGCGCGGUCGUGCUGCGAUCAGCAUCCCCUCCCUUCGGUCUCUCGAGAUCCGCUUAUUCAGCCAGGGAUUACCGACUAUUUGUCCUUUCCUCCAGAUAUUCUCCAUACCUGCGUUGGAGAGCCUCACUUUGCGAGAAGUGACCUCGUCGGAUUGGUGCAGGAUUGUCGUGUACUUUCGUGUCAACUGCACAUCGUACCCGGUCUUGCGCCAUCUCAGGCUGUCGUGCAUUCGUGGGCUAAUCUCCGUAGAUUCGAGUGCCGUGCGAGCCUUCCCACAGUUGACACAUCUGUCGCUGAACGGGAUCUACUCGAGUGCGCUUUGCCGCCUUUUAGUGGAUGAGAGGACAGAUGAUGGGUAUCACGUGCCAGUAUGGCCAAAUAUGAUGAGUCUGAGUAUCCGUGGAGACGUGGAUUUGAAUGUCAGUUUGUUAGAGAGGGCCAUUAUUGCAAGAAGAAGGAUGGGGAGAGCGCUGACGAAUGUGGAUCUGGACCACAGGAUGCGUAGCGAUCAUCGAUGACUGAUUACGAUAUACGGUUUCAAUUGCUAUUUUGCUGUUUAAUCUACAUUCCAAGUUUAUGCAUUUGAUAGGUUUAUGGUACUUGCAAUGUUAUCGUCAGGACAUCGUUCCCUGCGUAAUCGCUUUUAUAUCUCAGUCACAGAGCUUUGAGACUAGGCCUUGGUAUCUCUUAGGCCUGGCUCCCAUGGACUCGGUGCGGCGUUGUGGCUCUCAUGGUGCUACUAGUAGAAUGAAGUAAC